CCGAGAUAAGAAAAAGCAAUAAACAUAGAAACGAAACCGAAAUUGAAAGAGAGGGAACACAGGAAAGUAAAAAAGAUAAUUCCUUACUUUGGGAAUGGAAUGUCUAUAUUUCUUUGCAGCAAAAACAAGGGAUAAUCGGGGCGCCUCCCUCUUUGGAUUCUCCUCCCCUCGCACGCAUGGCCCUUUUCCAGAGGGAAGCACUUUCUCUCUCUAAACCCACCGUAAUUCUCUCUCUAAACGCCAGCCUUAAUAAUGCGUUAUUAUCAUGGGUUAGACGACCCAAAUAACGAAAACCAGGGCAAUCUUACCCAAGACAGCUAGCUCGCAGCAGCACUCGCUUUCUACCAGCAAAGUACAGGACUUUUAGAGAGAGAGAAACUGUUAGAGAGUGAGACAGAGAGCGGGGAAGGGGGUUGCGAGGUGUUUGCCAAAAUGCUCCUUCCGCUCACUCGUAUUUCCCUCUGCGCACUCCUCUGUUUAUCUCUCCUUAACGGUGUGACUCCCUUCAAUGGCUACACACCCGUCCAUGGAGUCCAGGAUCCGGAAGAAGUGGUGCGAAUGGUGCAAAGAAAGAUGAACGAAUCCAUAACCCGACGCCAUCUCCAGGUCUCCGACCCCUCCUGCGCGACCGGCAACCCCAUUGACGACUGCUGGAAGUGUGACCCCGACUGGGCCAACAACCGCCAGCGCCUGGCAGACUGUGGCAUUGGCUUCGGCCGCGACGCCCUUGGCGGCCGCGAUGGACCCAUCUACAUUGUCACCGAUCCCUCAGACGACGACCCUGUUAAUCCCGCCCCUGGCACCCUCCGCUACGGCGUCAUCCAGGCCCAGCCCCUAUGGAUCAUCUUUGCGAGAAGCAUGCUCAUAAAGCUCAAAGAAGAGCUGAUUAUGAACAGCUUCAAAACCCUGGAUGGCCGAGGAGCCGACGUUCACAUAGCCUUCGGCGCCUGCAUCACCAUCCAAUACAUUUCGAACGUAAUCAUCCACAACAUCAACAUACACCACUGUGUCCCAAAGGGAAACACCAAUGUCCGAGACUCGCCAAACCACUAUGGGUACCGCGGCAGAUCCGACGGCGAUGGGAUCUCGAUCUUUGGGGGACGACACAUAUGGAUCGAUCACUGCUCCCUCUCCUACUGCACCGACGGCCUGAUCGACGCCAUCAUGGGAUCGACUGCGAUCACGAUUUCGAACUCCUACUUUUCUCACCACAAUGAGGUGAUGCUGUUGGGGCAUAGUGAUUCAUACACGCCGGACUCGGCAAUGCAAGUGACCAUUGCUUUUAACCAUUUUGGGGAAGCUCUGGUUCAAAGAAUGCCGAGGUGCAGGUUUGGGUACAUACACAUUGUCAACAAUGACUUUACGCAGUGGGAGAUGUAUGCAAUUGGAGGGAGUGCCAAUCCCACCAUCAAUAGCCAGGGCAACCGCUACAUCGCACCGUCCAACCCUAAUGCCAAAGAGGUGACUAAGAGGGUGGAUGUGGAUGAGAGAAAGUGGAGCAAUUGGAAUUGGAGGACGGAUGGGGACUUGAUGGUGAAUGGGGCCUUCUUUGUGCCAUCGGGUCUAGGCUCCGCCUCAAAAUACGAGAAGGCUUACAGUGUCGAGCCCAAGUCCGCGGCUUUCAUUGACGCCCUCACCCGCAACGCCGGCGUCUUUGGCUCCUCACGGGACACCAGCACGAGCGUAAUAUAUCCUGGUGGGAACAACGGUGUGGUCACGGGUGGCGGUGCGGGUGCGGGUGCGGGUGCGGGUGCGGGUGCUGGUGCAGGGAUGGGUGAUACUGGCGGAGGAUAUGGUGGGUACCCGGGAAUGGUUUUCACCGGCCGCGGCGCACCGCCCUUACAUCCCCCUCUCCAUUUUUUGCCAUUCUUCUUUUUAAUGCUAUUGAAGUUAUGCACACUACUAUUACAUACUUGAAAAAUGUGUAAUGGUCAGUUAUCCAUUGAUGCCAAGUUGGAAGGGUAAGGGCUCCUUUUUUGAAAUUCAA